AUGGUCGCUGAUCCUAUGGCCUAUGCUAAAAGAUGUCAAGUUCGACAGAUACAUGUGAACUUCAUUCACCAUGCCCCAGAGCCUUUCCAUCCGAUGGUGGCAUCAUGCCCAUUUGCACAAUGGGAUAUGGAUAUUGUGGGACCCAUUGAUCCACCUUCUAUUGCGGAGCUUAUUCUUAUUCUCAUUGCCAUCGAUUACUUUUCAAAAUGGGCUGAAGAUGUUCCCCUCAAGCAAGUCCCCAUGAAUAUCGUAGCUCACUUUGUUCGCCACCACAUAAUCUAUAAAUUCGAUGUGCCUGACUGGAUCACGUUUGAUAUUGGUCCCUAA